UGAGCGCGAGGCAGAAAAUAUCAUGUGAUUUGCAUAGUGUAUGACCACAAAGGCGAACUUUCCUUCAGUUGAGUAGAGCUGGCAAGUAGAGCACAAUGGGCUCACGGAGUUUGUGUUUUCUAUUCUUCUUCUUGUUUUUGGGACGAUGUUGUUGUCAGUAUGAACCGACGUGGGAGUCGAUAGAUUCCAGACCUCUGCCUGAGUGGUUUGAUCAAGCUAAAUUUGGCAUAUUUAUACACUGGGGUGUGUUUUCGGUCCCCAGUUACGGAAGCGAAUGGUUCUGGUGGUUUUGGCAAGGCCAGAAAAUACCAAGCUAUGUGUUCUUUAUGGCAAAGAAUUACCCCCCUGGAUUCCAGUAUCAAGACUUUGCACCACACUUUACUGCUGAGUUCUUUGAUCCCGAGGAGUGGACGGAUAUCUUGGCAGCAUCAGGAGCAAAGUAUAUUGUCCUUACAACUAAACAUCAUGAAGGUUUCACUCUGUGGGGCUCAAAGUACUCAUGGAACUGGAAUGCAGUGGAUGUUGGGCCAAAUCGAGACCUGGUGGAUGAGUUAGCCAGGGCUUUGAGGCAGAACAGUGACCUGCGCCUUGGACUCUACCACUCUCUGUUUGAGUGGUUUCACCCUCUUUUCAGAGCAGAUGCAGCCAACAAUUUUAACACCACUCUAUUUCCACGAGAGAAGACCCUUCCUGAGCUCUAUGAGAUUGUGAACAAGUACAAACCUGAAGUGCUGUGGUCUGAUGGAGAUGGAGAUGCCCCUGACCAGUACUGGAAUAGCACAGGGUUUCUAGCCUGGCUGUACAAUGAGAGCCCUGUUCGUGAUACAGUUGUGACUAAUGAUCGCUGGGGAAAAGAUUGUAUAUGUAAGCAUGGAGGGUACUACACCUGCACUGACCGGUACAACCCUGGACACCUGCUGAAGCACAAAUGGGAGAACUGUAUGACCAUUGACCAGCGCUCUUGGGGCUAUAGAAGAGAUGCUAAAUUAAGUGACUACCUCACCAUUGAGCAGCUGGUUAAGACCCUUGUGGAGACUGUGUCAUGCGGGGGCAAUUUGUUGAUGAAUGUGGGUCCGACACACGAUGGCCGCAUCAUUCCUAUAUUUGAAGAGAGGCUGAGACAGAUGGGACAGUGGCUGAAUGUUAACGGGGAAGGAAUCUACAACACCACUCCAUGGAGAGCUCAGAAUGACAGUGUUACACCUGGGAUUUGGUACACAUGGAGACCACAGGAAAAGGCACUCUAUGCGUUUUUGCUUUCAUGGCCAAAUAAUGGAUAUGUUGUUCUGAGUGACCCUAUUGUGUCAGCUAGUACACAGGUGGUGUUGCUGGGCUAUAAACCACUGAAAUGGGAUCCGCUAAAACCCAGUGGUCUACAGGUUUACCUGCCUACUCUGUCUCCUGCAGAGAUGCCUUGUUCCUGGGCCUGGACUCUGCGACUGACCGGUGUAGCUUAGAAGUUAGGGACCUUUAGUUGCCCUCAACAACUAUGCUCCCAAGGGACCAGUUAUUUGGAUAGCUUAAAUGGCCAUAAGGGCAUGGCAAACAUCCACACUGCCAUUCAAAUUAAAUUCACAUUUGAUUUCUUUUAUCUUGCACAAAGGUUUUUAUGGGUGUAACUAUCUUUUGAGGUGUUUUUUCUUACUUAAAAGUUUUAUAUUGUAAUACUGUGAACUUUGUUGUAUGAAUGAAUUGUGAAUGAUUCUCCUUCUUUGAUAAUGCUUGUGGAUGAGUAUGUGUAUUUGUGUAGAUUUUAUCAGAUUCUGUUGGCACUGUGUUUCUGUUUCAGGGUGAUAUAAGGGAAGAGUGUAUAUUUGUUUUAAAUUGUUGCUGCAGUGAUAAAUAUGUCAGUGAAUCAGACAAAAACUCACUUUAGCCUUUUAAAAACCAAACUUCUGUCAAAGAAUUAAUUUUAAAUAAUUGCUGAACUAUUCAAAUAAAUGUUUGAUACAUUUUAAA